CUUUUGAGUGAGUAGGUGCCGAAGGAUUGCCAACGAUUGAAUUUAUUUUAUUUUGUGAUUGACCAUGUCAUUUUCGGAUUUGUACGCUAAAUAUAAUUGUACUUAUUGUCAGGAAGAAAUAAAUGGUAUUAGAGUAAGAUGUACAGAAUGCACAGAUUUUGAUAUUUGCCUGCAGUGUUUUUCUUUGGGUGCUGAAAUAGGAUCUCAUAAAAAUGACCACGCAUAUCAGUUUAUGGACUCAGGAGCAUUUGGAAUAUUCUUAGGUCGAAGUAGUUGGUCUGCAAAUGAGGAAGUAAGACUGUUAGAUGCAAUAGAGCAAUUUGGUUUUGGUAACUGGGAAGACAUUGCCAAGCAUAUAGAAUCUAAAACACCAGAAGAGGCCAAAGACGAGUAUAUAACUCGGUACUUAGAAGGCAGUAUUGGACGAGCAACCUGGGGCAAUGUGGAGAGCACUAGCCGACCCACACUGCUCUGCGCAGACCGAGAUGAGGGUCCGCUCGGGCCUAGUGCAGUAUCUAGAUUGCCACCUCUGGCAGUGUCCGCGGAAGAGGCAACACAGCUUAGUUAUAUGCCCAAUAGAGAUGACUUUGAAAGGGAACAUGACCACGAGGCGGAACAGCUGAUCUCAACUCUAUCCAUCAGCCCUGAGGAUGAUGAGUUGGAUGUUGCCCUGAAGCUAUCUCAAGUGGAUCUAUACACGCGCCGUCUGCGCGAGCGCACGCGUCGGAAGCGGCUGGUGCGCGACUACCAGCUGGUCUCAGUAUUCUUCAACAACCAAAGAAAUAGGCAGAAGCUGCUCUCCAAACUAGCCAAAGAGAAGAAGGAAUUCACCGAGCGCCUGCGCUGGACCGCCCAAUUCUACGGUCGCGCGGAACACGCCGCCGUAGUAGGCGGGCUGUGGCGCGAGCGCGAGCUGCGCGUGCGCCUCGCCGAGCUGCACCGCUACCGCCUCGCCGGCGUCACGCGCCUCGAGGAGUGCGCGCACUACGAGCAGCACGCCGCGCAGCGCAAGCCCCACGCGCAGCACGACGGCAGCAGUGGGUGCCCGGACAGCAGCCAGACAAAAGAGGCAACGCAGACCAGCACGCUGCUGCAAAGAAAAAGAGACGGAGAAAGCGGCUCAAGUUCCACCAGCCCAAAGUGCACACGGGACGGAAGUACCGCAUGUGGAUGCUGCAGAAAGAGCUCAUGCAGCGGCGGCUGCUCGAAGCGGCUGCUGACAACUAACGAGAUACAGCUCUGCACCGCACUGAACCUGGCGCCCACCCAGUACGUGACCAUGAAGGGCGUCCUGUUACGGCGUCCGCCCGCACACGACUCCGACCUCGACGUGGCUGUGCGCCACUACCUUCAGCGGGCCGGCUGGGUGCACUAGUGUAAUAUACACAAACAUAUACAAAUAUAGGGCACUUAGGGGACUAGGGCACUUGAUUUCUUCAUUAGCCGGCUUUGGUUUAAUUGCAUCUAAAUUUCAUUUUACCCAUUUAUCAAUAUUCCUAGAUUUCAAAACGGAAUAGUGUCAAAGUGUCUGAAGCUCCGAAUGCCUAGUUUUUAGGGUUCCGUACCCAAAGGGUAAAAACGCGACCCUAUUACUAAGACUCCGCUGUCUGUCUACCUGUCCGUCUGUCACCAGGCUGUAUCUCAUGAACCGUGAUGACAUGACCUAGACAGUUGAAAUUUUUACAGUUGAUGUAUUUCUGUUGCCGCUAUAACAACAAAUACUAAUAACAGAAUAAAAUAAAUAUUUAAGUGGGGCUCCCAUACAACAAACGUGAUUUUUUUGGCCGUUUUUUGCGUAAUGGUACGGAACCGUUAUUGCGCGAGUCCGACUCGCACUUGUUUUUUUCUUAAAAUACCAUAUUCCCAAAAUGCGUAAACUUCAAAUCGACUUGGUGUCAUAAUACCCAAGUCUCAAAAUACCUAAAUAAUUGAGUGUUAUAUUAUCUAAUUGUAUCGUGUUAAUUUGAAGCAGAGUAUUUAAAAAAAUAUUGUUAAUACUACAAAGUUUAUAAAAUUGCACUUAAGAUAUAGUAAAACUUAAUAUAUAAAAAAAAUGGUCCACCGCAAAUUCGGCAUUUGAUGAAAGUUACUUUUUGACAUUUAGGUAUUUUGAGACUUGGACGAUAUGAAUAAAAGUCACUAUGACAUUCGGGUUUUUGGAGCAGAAAACAAUUUGAUAUCUAAGCAUUUUUUGGACUAAGUUGUUUUGAGAUUUAGGACAAAUAAAGACAACGGCAUCAUGAUAUUAAGGUGUAAUGAAAUCAAAGCAGCCGUGCGCCGUUGUUGACUUAAUCAUAGGUCAUUAUGUGGAGGUGAGAUGCGUAACUAGCACACAAGCACACAUUACUAGUGGUAAAGCGUCUAGAACCCGAUUCCCACCGGCUUAUUUAAAAAUAUAUUUAUGAAAUAAACAUUGCUUUGGUUUAUUUUAGGGUAUGUGUAACGCUUUACUAUUGGCAAUGUAAAAAGUAUUUCUAGCUAUAUAGGGCGCGUUUAUACGCCAUCUCAUUCUAGCAGAUAGCUGCCUCCUGUAUAAAGAGCCACACUCUUAACUGUCCUUUUGUAAUAAGGUUUACGAACUGUCAGUUAACAGUGUGGGCGAUGAUAUUGGUGAUAAUUGGAACCUUGCUCUUAUUCAGCGCAACUAGAAGAAAAGUUUAAAAUAUUAAUAAAAAAUAUUUUUACGAUAUUAAAGUCGAUGUCAAAAUAAUUUCCAGUAUUUAGGAAGGUAAACGAUUUCACACCUUACUGUAAGUUUCUAUUAUAGCCCAAAUCUUCUUGGUGUGUAUUUAUUAUACGAAAUAUAGUUAUACUUUUUAGUAUUAUAUAGAUAUAUUCAGUUUCCGGAAAAUAUAACAAAAAAAACAAAUAAAAAAUAUAAUAGUCCUUCACUCUUGUUCAUAGCAUGUAAAAAUCAACACCAAAUAAAGUUAUAAGCAGAUAUAUUCAGUUUCCGGAAAAUAUAACAAAAAAAAAAAACAAAAAAAAAAUAUAAUAGUCCUUCACUCUUGUUCAUAGCAUGUAAAAAUCAACCCCAAAUAAAGUUAUAAGCAGAUAUAUUCAGUUUCCGGAAAAUAUAACAAAAAAAAACAAAUAAAAAAUAUAAUAGUCCUUCACUCUUGUUCAUAGCAUGUAAAAAUCAACACCAAAUAAAGUUAUAAGCAGAUAUAUUCAGUUUCCGGAAAAUAUAACAAAAAAAAAACAAAUAAAAAAUAUAAUAGUCCUUCACUCUUGUUCAUAGCAUGUAAAAAUCAACCCCAAAUAAAGUUAUAAGCCAGACCAGAAACGCAAUAAUGUCUCGGAAACAGCAGUGGCCACACGUUAAAUUUUAGUGCUGUAUAUAACUUGUAAAUAGUAUUUAAAUAAAUCAUGAAUUGAGCAGUGUCAUGCUUCUAAACGCCGAUGUCUAUACAAACAAUGCAUUUUGAGUUGGGGACAAAUCUAUGUUGUAAAUAUUUUUGUUUUAUUAUUGGAUUGUUACUUUCUCUAAACUCAAACAUAAAUUAGGUAUUAUACUUGGAAUAUUGCUAUCGUUAUUUUUUUUUUUCAAUUUUACCAACUCUUUAAAAAGGUAGGUGCCUAAAUACUUCUAUGCGACAUUUUUUAUUAUAUAUAUUACAUACGGUUCGGAUAGAAUGGGAGCACAUUUUUGCUUUGUAUUUGUUAGAAUUUGGUAUUUAAAACAUGUUAUUUAUGCGGUAGUUUCUUGCACCUCGAACUAUCACGUGCCCGCAUUUUCGUAAUGUAUGGUUAUUAUACACAUACAUAUUAUCAAAAUAUUAUUAUUAGAUUUGUCCCUAGGCUACAGCUUAACACUGCCUCGGCGUCCUAUAAUUCAAAAUAGUUUGUAUGUAGAAUAUUUAAAUUAUGGUAAUACAAUGUUUCCAAUAUCCAGAGACCUGUGACUUCGACCAUUAUAUUAAGUAGGUUUUUAUUAAGGUUAUAUAUUCGUUACUUGCAUGGGAGACAUUUUCUUUUGAGUGUAACAGGGUUGUGCGCUGAUUGAAUGUUGUUGUUUUUGUUUCCGAAAGUUAAAAACAUGGAUACAAAUACCCACAAUUUAAAAAGACCUGAAAACUGUGCCGGGACUCAUGUUGAGCGAUUAUACACAAAAAUCCUUAAUUUUCGGGUACAUGAAAGACAAUUUCUGUUUCUUUGCCUAUAUACGACCCAACAAGCUAGAAAAUUAAUAUGUAUAAAUGGUGCACUUGAUUUUGAUAACGUUUGAAACGAAUUGUGUAGAAACUAAUUGAUUGAUGUAAGUGUGAAUAAUUGUAUAGGUAUACAAUUUGUGUUUACAAUUUUAAUCAUUUUUACCCAAGGGUCAUGAAAUUAGCUACAAUUUUUGCACAAAAUUGUGGAGUAUGUUGCGAAUAGUUAUUUCGCAUGUAUAUUUUUUGUAUUACUUAUAAAAAAAACAUCAUGAAGUGGUUUUCUAAUAAAUAAAAUUGUUCAUUAUGAAAUAAAACUAUGAAAACGGAUUAUAUCGCGUAUAUUGAAUUUAUAAUACAUCCCGACGUUUCGAACCCUUUACAGCGUUCGUGGUCAACGGGUGACUGAGGAAAAAUUACAAAGUGCAAAAAUA